AAAUUCCACGUGAAUAUGAGGGACACUUGCACGCGAUACCGCCAAACAAGGGAGCGGGCGGGAGAGUUUUGGAGAACUAAGCGACGUCAACAACAUCAGCUGUCUUGACGUGUUAUUCCUGCAGGUCCUGUACAACAAAGGCAACAAACACCUGGUAAAACAACCACUGACAGGUUGCUUCCCAGCAACAUUCACAUGAAGCAGUUGGUGUCCCACUGUGAGGCUGAGGGCAUGUCCAACACAUCUUCCACCUUCCUGUCCUGCAACCCACAGGAGACCUACUCAAAUAGAUUAGCCUUGCUUAAAAUCAACAGAAAGAAGGUGUCUAGAAGAACUUCUAAAGAAAAAGAUGAAGAUGAGGACCCAAGGCCUCACAUUGGAGUAACAGAAGAGGACUUUCUACAGAUGAUUGAUCUCCAGCAGCCAUCCCAUCCAGUUCAGUCAAGGUCCCUCAUUAAGAAAUGUAGUGAGUGUGGCUUCCAUGCCUCUUCACUCCUGUCCCUGUUUUCUCAUGUCAAGGUGCACAUGGGAGGUAGUACUGAAAAAUGUGGAGAAUCUAAGGUGCAGAAAUCCAGCAAGGAAUUGCUAGAAACACAGAGGAAACAAAUGCAUCCUCAGCGUUCUUCAGUGUGCACCAUUUGCCACCUUAACUUUACAACCACAGACCAACUGUUUGAUCAUAUGAAUAAGCACCGGGACCACCUCCCAUUUGAGUGCCCAUUUUGUGAACAUAAGUUGACAAAUAUGGAUGCAUACAAAAAACACGUUCGGCUUACACAUAGAAUUAAAUCUGUCAGAGAACUGAAGUUUAUGUGCCGAACUUGUGGUAUUCACUUUUAUACGGGUGAUCACCUACUUCUUCAUCGGGUAAAUCAGAAUCAUGAGAGUGAUCCAUUCUUGUGUAAGUCGUGUGGAUCCUCACUUGCUACAGCCAAUGAUUUUCGAAGUCACAUCAUGGAGCACACUCAGGAGGACAGAGAGGCAGCAAAUAUUGCUGUCUGCCAACAGUGCUACAAAGUUUUCUUCUCAUCCUUCAGACUCAAGUUCCACAUAGAAGCCAAACAUAACCAGUAUAAGAAAGCUGAUCCCAUUGAAGUUGAAACAAACAGUGAACCUCCCAAGAAAAAGAAAAGUAAGGGUCCAUACUUGCGCUACUUAAGGGCGAAUGAAAAGUAUGAAUGUCACAAGUGCAAAAGGAGAUUCAAAACUUGUGAUACAUUGAAAAAUCACAUUGAAUACUCUCACGGUAUAAAGAAAUCAGUGAAGACAGACAACAUUUGCAAACUUUGUGGCCGCAAGUUCAAUGCUCUUCGCCGCCUUGCGAACCACAUGAAAGUCCACAAUGGCACCAAACCAGUGUUUCAGUGUGAGGAGUGUGGACAGAUCUACGGUAAAAAGAUGCAGGUAUUGGAACACAUCCGCACCGACCAUGCUGAGCAAGUACAGCAGCAGCAGCAGCAGCAGCAGCAGCAGCAGCAGCAAGAACUCUUACAUUCUACCCAAGAUGACUCAGUAGUAGACCUCCCAGAGCACCCUGAGGGUCCAGUAGUGGAGGGGGCUUCCUCAUCCUCCUGGAGUCCCAUCAAAAGUCUGUUUAAGGUCCCUGCUGUGGAACAGACUCAGGAGGCAGUGUAUAGUCUGCUACAGUUAACAGAUUUCUGAAUGCAUGUUCUCCAUACUCUGAUAUUGAUUAACAGAAUGGUUAUGGUGAAUAUCCUUUUUCUUUAAUAGUCCACUUUGCUUGUUUCUCUUUUUUUUUAUUUUUUAACUUAACUCUUUUUUAAUUACAUGGAAAAUUAUGCACAACAGUAAUGUCAAUAAAUGUAAAAAUGGAUAGAGCUGAAUAAAAUUUAAGGUAGAU